AUGAACGGGACGGCGGCGCCGCAUUCGACGUGGCAGUCACCGGUGCCGUACCUGUUCGGCGGGCUGGCGGCCAUGCUGGGGCUCAUCGCCCUGGCGCUGCUCAUCCUGGCGUGCUCCUACUGGAAGCUCUCCGGGUACCUCGACGGCGACCGGGACGGCCAGGCGGCGGGGGACGCCGACGGGGAGAAGGGCUCGGCGUCUGGCGCGGCCAGGCCGGCCAUGGAUUUUCUCGAGCACGUGGUGGAGAAGAAGGUGGACGAGCAGGGCUGCGAGGUGAUCUCGCAGCUCGGAGGCGACCCCGCCGACUCGGCGAGCCGGAGCCGCGACCGCCAAGACGCGGCGAGCCACAGCCAUGACAACCACCACCACCAUGACCAUGAGAGCAGCAGCACGACGGCACUACAAGAAAGCUCGCAAUAA